AUGGACGAUGACAGCGAUGGCGACAGUGUUGAUUCGGAUGAUAGCGAUGCCAAAAAGACUAUCCGAUCUGCUCGUGAUAAAAAGUUUGGUGAAAUGCGCAGUGCUGUUGCUGCCAUGCAUAGUGCCAAGAAAUCCAGUGACUGGAUCAGCAUUCAGAAUGAAUUUGAUCGUCUUAUCAAGGCCAUUAUUAAAUCAAAUGCCAUUAUCCAGCAAGAAGGCCUCCCCCGCUUUGUUUCUCGUUCUCUUGUUCAAAUCGAUGAUUUUAUCAAGAAUUCGCUAUCAAGCAAAGAGUCUACAAAAAAGAUGAAUGCUACCAUUGCCAAGGCUUUAAAUGCCAUGAAGCAAAAAAUUAAAAAGACCACCAAGACAUACGAACAGCAGAUUGCAGAGUUUAGAGCUGCUCCUGUUGAUGAAGAAGAGUCUGAAGCCGAGGCAGAAGAAGCCAUUAAAAGUACUCUCAAAGCACGCGAUGCUAGACGUAUUGAAAAGGAAGCUGAGGGCAAGGGUGAGCCUACCGGCUCUGGAAACGAAUCCUUUACGCUUGUUGGAAAAGGAGGAAAGCUCAUUGAUCUUUCUCCCGAAGGUCUUUUUACCAAGCUUACAGAGGUUUUGGAGGCUCGUGGAAAAAAAAGCACCGAUAAACUGGCUCAGGUUGAAACUCUAAUGCAACUCCUUGAAAUUGCAGUUACACCUUACCAAAAGAUUCGCGUACUUACUGCGCUUAUUCCUGCUCGCUUUGACUAUGUUCCAAUUUCUGGAUUCAUGUCUUCUUCCAUGUGGAACAAGGCUCUUGAAGAAAUCAAAGACUUGGUGCGCUUGUUGGACGAAAACCCUCACAUUACUCUUUCGUUGAAUGUGAUUGAAGAAGAUCCUGAUCAAGACACAGUUCCAGAGCAUAUCCGUGAUAGACACAUUACUGCUGGUCAAUCUGUUGUUCUUCCUGGCCAUAUUACUUCUUUUGUUGAUCGUCUUGACGAUGAAUUUACCAAAAGUCUUCAAAGCAUUGAUCCUCAUAGCACCGAGUACAUUGACCGUUUGCGUGACGAAACCACCUUGUACGCAUCGAUUGUUUGUGCUGUCAAGUAUGCAGAAGUCACCAAGGCUAGCAGUGAAAACAUUGAUUUGAUGACGAUGCGUCGAGUGGAACACUUGUACAACAAGCCGGAUGUUGUGAUCAAAACAGUUGAAGAUUCUGUUCGUAAAGUGUAUCCUGAACUUGUUAAAAUUCUUGAAAGCCCUGUGGAUUUAGUUUCAGUUCUUUGCCGUGGUCUGUACAAAUCCUCUAUUGGCCGUAUUCGUACUCGAGCCCUCUUGUGUCAUGUCUAUCACCUGGCACUUCACGACCACUACCACGAAGCACGCGAUAUGAUUCUCAUGAGUCAUGUACAAGAGACCAUUUCUCAGACAGAUAUUCAUAUGCAAGUCUUGUUCAACCGUACCAUGGUGCAGAUUGGACUCUGUGCCUUCCGUGCAGGUCUAUUCCGUGAUGCAGCGACAGCAUUGCAGGAUAUUGCAUCUUCUGGAAAGACACGAGAGCUGUUGGCCCAGGGCAUUCAGCAACCCAAAUAUGCAGCUGAAAAGACAGCGGAGCAAGAGCGAAUGGAGCGACAGCGUCAACUGCCUUUUCACAUGCAUGUCAAUCUGGAGCUUCUUGAGUGUGUAUAUUUGGUAUCCUCUAUGCUUCUUGAAGUACCGAAUAUGGCACUUCACGCGCACGAGUCUCGACGUAAAGUCACCAGCAAGGCGUUCCGCCGUAUGCUUGAUUUCAACGACCGACAGAUUUUUAUUGGACCACCUGAAAAUGUGCGUGACCAUAUUAUGGCAGCAGCCAAAUCUAUGGCAGCAGGCGACUGGAAAAGCUGUCGUGACUAUAUUAAUCACAUCAAGAUCUGGGACCUGCUGUCGAAUGCAGAAAAAGCCAAAGAAACUCUAGCCAAGAGUAUUCAGGAAGAAUCGCUUCGCACAUAUAUCUUCACCUAUGCACCAUACUAUGAAUCCAUGGGAUUAUCUAGCUUAGCAGAGCUGUUUGAGUUGGAAGUGUCUCGUGUCAAUGCGAUUGUGUCUAAAAUGACGACUAGUGAAGAGUUGCAUGCCUCGUUGGAUCCUCAAAGUGGACAUAUUAUUUUCCACCGACCCGCACCAGGCAUUGAGAUGUCGAGAUUGGAGUUUAUGGCAGGAGUGUAUGCAGACAAGGUAGCAUCGCUUGUUGAUUCCAAUGAAAAGCUUCUUGAAGCUCGAUCGGUGACACUUGGACUACAAGAACAGAGGGAAUAUAUGCAGCACCGAGAGCAACAAGGAGGACAUCGUGGUGGACGUGUGGGUGGAUCAGGACGACAUACAGGUGGAUCAAGCAGUCAUCGUGGUGGAAGUGCAGGAUCAGGAUUUCGAUUCCGAACAGCAGUUGGAAAAUAA